AGGAACCGCCUUUUAAGCUCCCGAAGACAUCGAGUCGAGUCGCUCAAGAGACCUAUGAACCUACUGAAAAUAUUGAUGACGUUACUGGUCAUGGUUCUGAUGACAAAGAGGAUCGACCUGAUGAAUGGACCCCUUCGCGCGGAAUCAGAAGGUCUAUUCGGGCAGCAAAAAAGAGUAGCCUCCGUCGGCUAUCUGUUAGCGAUGUACAUGAUAGCGACCAAGAGGAUGACUACCAGAGCGGCAUUGAUUCAGCCUCUUCUGCAUCUUUCUCGGGCCUCCACGCAGAGCGGCUACAACUGUUAGGCGAGAACCAGGAGAGGCAGGGAUGAGCCUUCGUGCUAUUCGUGAAAGAAGGAAGCUUGAGAAACAACAUCCAUACAUCACAAAGAUGUGGGAUGAUUUGAGAGACUCUCCCCCAAUAGAGCCUGUAAUGGCAGAGCAGCCUCCGGGCAUAUCGAGGACACUUAAGUCAUUUCAGCUUGAAGGUUUGAACUGGAUGAUGCGGCAAGAAAAGUCGCAAUACAAGGGAGGGUUAUUAGGCGAUGAGAUGGGCAUGGGCAAAACUAUUCAAGCAGUUUCACUCCUUAUGUCUGAUUACCCUGUCGGCAAACCGUCACUUGUGAUUGUUCCUCCAGUUGCUCUAAUGCAAUGGCAAUCCGAGAUUAAGGAAUAUACAAACGGCCAGCUAGAUGUGCUUAUUUAUCACAAUUCAAAUCCCAAGGUCAAAACACUCUCAAAGGAUGAGCUGCAGGCUUAUGAUGUGAUAAUGAUAUCCUACUCUGGCCUUGAAUCGAUCCAUCGCAAGGAGUGGAAGGGAUGGAACCGCCAUGAUGGAAUCGUGAAAGAAGACAGUAUCAUUCAUUCUAUCCACUAUCAUCGGCUGAUCCUGGAUGAAGCCCAUAGCAUCAAGCAACGUACAACUAGUGUUGCCCGCGCAUGCUUUGCACUGAACGCAAACUAUAAAUGGUGCCUGUCAGGUACACCUGUUCAGAAUCGGAUAGGAGAAUUCUUUUCCCUCCUUCGCUUUCUGCAAGUCCGUCCCUUUGCCUGCUAUUUCUGCAAGCAGUGCCAGUGCCAGCAGCUCCAUUGGUCACAAGACGCAGAGAAAAGAUGCACUGAGUGCAGACAUAGUGGAUUCAGCCAUGUGUCGGUCUUCAAUCAAGAGAUACUGAAUCCUAUCACCGAAAGGGACAACGCCUAUGCCCGAAAGGAGGCAUUGGCAAAGCUGCGACUCAUAACUGAUCGGAUUAUGCUGAGACGAGUAAAACGAGAUCAUACGGCUUCGAUGGAACUGCCACCGAAGCGUGUUGUUCUCCAUAAUGAAUUCUUCGGAGAGAUUGAGCGUGAUUUUUCUAGAAGCAUUAUGACUAAUUCUGCAAGGCAGUUUGAUACAUACGUGAGCCGUGGUGUCAUGUUAAACAAUUAUGCGAAUAUCUUCGGUCUUAUCAUGCAAAUGCGUCAAGUUGCAAACCACCCGGAUCUAAUUUUGAAAAAGCAUGCACAAACCGGGCAAAAUGUACUUGUCUGCAGCAUUUGCGAUGAACCAGCGGAAGAAGCGAUUCGCUCCCGUUGUCGGCAUGAGUUUUGCCGUAGGUGCGUCAAAGACUAUGUUAGGUCUUUUGAUGCGAGGUCAACUGUUGACUGUCCUCGAUGCCACAUUCCGCUGUCAAUUGAUUUUGAACAACCUGACAUCGAACAAGAGGAAGAACAUAUCAAGAAGAAUUCUAUCAUCAAUCGGAUUCGAAUGGAGGACUGGACAUCGUCGACAAAGAUCGAGAUGCUUGUUUAUGAGCUCUACAAGCUGAGAAGCAAGAAACAGACGUUAAAAUCAAUUGUGUUUUCCCAGUUCACCUCGAUGUUACAGCUUGUGGAAUGGCGUCUACGUCGGGCUGGCUUCAAUACCGUCAUGCUCGAUGGCACUAUGACGCCGGCGCAGCGUCAAAAAUCCAUCGAGUACUUCAUGAACAAUGUGAAUGUCGAAGUAUUUCUGGUUUCCCUCAAGGCCGGCGGUGUGGCUUUGAAUCUGACCGAAGCAUCAAGGGUUUUCAUAGUUGACCCCUGGUGGAACCCAGCUGCUGAAUGGCAGAGUGCGGACCGAUGCCAUCGAAUCGGUCAACGCCGACCUUGCGUCAUCACCCGACUGUGCAUUGAGGAUUCGGUGGAGUCUCGGAUUGUGUUACUUCAAGAAAAGAAGGCUAAUAUGAUAAACGGCACCAUCAACAAAGAUCAAGGAGAAGCUUUGGAGAAGCUUACCCCAGAAGACAUGCAGUUCUUGUUCAGAGGAUCUUGAUUGGGUGAUCAGUGGAGGAAGGGGGGCGAGAGAAAUUGCGGGCGAACAGGAGAGUUUGACUGCGGGGGUCUUUUUAUGGCUUUGAUACUAAACCUUGCUCAUAUGCAAACGUAGAUACUAUGUAAAUACCUAGAUAGAUCGAGGGCGGUCGGAUCUAGGUACUGGAAAGUGGGAACUGGGAAGAGGCCAGGCUACUAAUUUAGCUCCGGGAUUUCCCCUGAGGGUCACCCAAACAAUCGUGCAUGCGUCCUAUAGCCUAUUAGU